CAUGGUCGGCUGUCGUCUAGCACGUGUGCCUUAAUAACGCGCCGGUUAAUAUAUCCUAUCCAUUUAAUGACAAACUGUUAUUUAUUAACUAAUGUGAUUUAUUAAUGGUGAUUUUAGAAAAAAUAUUAUUGAACAAUUUAUAUUGACUGUUAUAUUGAAUAACUGUUACACGGAAUGCAGAUCGAAGUGGAUAUUAUUACGUGGUUGUUGCAGCCGUUGACUAUCAUUGUUUGCGGACUGGUCGGUUACGUUUACUUAUUUAGGGAGCAACGCGGACGAAAGAAUGGACAUUAUACAAAUCCAGAUUGGAACUUCUUCUUGAAGAAAUGGUGGGCAUUAUUGCACAUCAUGCGACGCCGUUCCGAAAACGUUUCUGGAAUAAGGCAAAGCCAGCUUCCAUCAACAGAGUCACCAAAAAUUCUACAGAGAGAAGAAUCUUCCGAUUCCAUCGCCAUAUAUGGUGCUGAUCAGCGUGGAUCUUCCGUCUUCCUCAAGAUCACCAGACGAAGACACCGUGUAGCUGAAGUGUGGCUGGUUGUUCGACUUUCUAAUGGAGACGUUUAUCAUUUGCCAAGUAAGAUAAAUUUAAUAUUAUGGUACAUUCUUAGCAAUACAUAUUAG